AUGGCCCAGAAAGCCACCAAGACGCUUGCCGCCUCCAACACCAAGCGCCUCAACCAGACGCUCUACGUCACCCUCGCCAUCCACGGCUUCUGGUGGUUGCUUCGCGCCCUGCUCUUCCGCGCCUCUCUGUCGCGCCAGUCGAUCCUCGUCUAUCUGGCCCUCUCGGCGCCGCAGCUGCUCAUCCAGCUGUACUUUGAGCGCCUGUCUCGCCCCACGCUCACGGCCGAUGGCGCCGUCAAGCGACCGGGCGAGGACCUCGAUGCCCCAGGCCUGACCGAGUACAUGUGGGACGUGGUCUACUGGACCUACGGCUGCAUCGUCGCCGCCGCCAUCGCAGGCGACUAUGGCUGGCUGCUGUGGGCUGUCAUGCCCGCGUACAGCGCCUACGCCGCCUGGAGCACCUACUCGGGCAUGCGGGGGGGCUUCCAGGACGCUGCAGGUGUCCCGCAGCCGCAGGCAAGCAAGAGGCAGGCCAAGAUGGAGAAGCGAGGUGGCCAGAAGGUGCAGUACCGGUGA